AUGCUCCUGCCCUCAGUGGUGCUUGCCUCUGCCCUGCUCCUCUGCUCCGUGAUGAGCCAGGGGUGUCUGAUCUUUAUGGGGAUCAGUGAUGUCACGUACCUCAUUGACAAACUGCAGGAACAUCCAGCUUCAAAAUGCACCUGCAGCAGUGCCAAUGUGACCGAUUGUUUGUGUCUGCCCAUCCCUUCUGACAACUGUACCACAGCAUGCUUCCAGGAAGGUCUGUCCCAGAUGACCAACUCCACAGUGGAAACAAGAUACCCCCUGAUUUUCAAUCGAGUAAAAAAAACAGUCCAAGUCCUAAAGAACAAGGGCCAGUUUUUUUCCUGUGAACAGCCAUGUAACCAAACUACAACAGGCAACACACUGACGUUUCUGAAGAGUCUCCAGGAAACUUUCCAGAAACAAGGGGUGAUGGGCAAAGUAUGA